AUGGAAACAGAAUUCAAGAAGGAAACCUCUGGUAAAUGGUUUGCGCCUUUACCAUUCAGAAAAGACAGACCAAGGCUUCCAAACAACCGCGUUGCUGCAGAACGGCGGGCGAAGACGUUGGACUACAACUUGAGAAAAGACGAGAAUAAAAGAAAAAUGUUCACCAAUUUCAUGGAAAAGGUCUUUGAAAACGGCCACGCUGAACUGGCUCCAACUUUACUGCCUGACCAAGAGUGUUGGUACUUACCUGUUUUUGGCGUAACGCACCCACAGAAGCCAGGCCAAAUAAGGUGCGUUUUCGACUCAUCGGCAAAACAUUGCGGAAUUUCGCUCAACGAUGUGCUGCUCACUGGUCCAGAUUUCACUAACAGUCUUCUUGGUGUGCUUCUACGGUUUCGCAAAGAACCAGUUGCGAUUACCGCCGAUAUUCAACAAAUGUUUUACUGUUUCAACGUCAGAGAGGACCACAGGGAUUAUCUACGAUUUCUCCGGUACGAAGACAACGAUCCUAAGAAGGCUCUAACUGAAUACAGGAUGUGCGUACAAGUGUUCGGGAACAGCCCGUCCCCGGCUAUCGCCACGUAUGGGCUGAGAAAAUCAGUGGAGUACAGUGACAGCGACGUUGUGUCAUUCGUUACCAACAACUUCUAUGUGGAUGAUGCCCUGACCUCGUUAACAAACCCAGCCAACGCUGUGAGUUUGCUUAAACUUACACAAAACGACCUACAGGCACAUGGGCUAUAUCUGCACAAAAUAGCUUCAAAUUGUGAUGAGGUUAUGCUCGCUUUUCCGUUAGAUGAAUUAGCAAAGGGUCUCCUAGGAAUCGACAUAAAGAACGAAACUUUGCCUGUGCAAAGAAGUCUUGAUGCUUCAGAACAAGCAAUUGCUGCGGUGGCUUAUUUACUCACCUUUGAAUCCGACACCCCACAAAUUGGGUUCCUAUUGGGCAAGUCUAAGGUUGCACCCAUUGCCGGACACACCAUCCCCAGGUUGGAACUAAGCGCUGCAGUCAUGGCCGUAGAAAUAGCACAAACUGUAGCAGAACACUUGGGAAUUUCUAUUGAGACAUUUACAUUUCACACAGACAGUAUGGUUGUCCUAGGGUACAUCAACAACAACACGCGCAGAUUUCAUACUUAUGUCAGCAAUCGUGUAGAGCAAAUACGGCGUUCAACCAAACCAGCACAGUGGCGAUACGUUUGUACCAAACUGAACCCAUCUGAUUGCGCUACCCGUGGUCUUGCAGCAUCAGACCUUAUGAAUAGUGCAUGGCUCCAAGGACCCACACAUUUGACCAGUGAGAACAGUGUUGACAGCGAAACGUAUCAUCUUGUCGAACCAGAACACGACAAAGAGUUGAGAGUCGAUGUCAAUGUCUCUAAGUCAGCAAUUAAAAGCCGUCUUGGUUCUGAACGCUUUUCGCGUUUCUCUGAGUGGAGGCGCCUAGUGCAAGCUAUCGCAUACCUUCAACACUUUGUGGAAAAGGACCAAGCAAAAUCUCAACAUAAAGAGGUACCAUCGUACCAAAAGGCCGAAAAGUUCAUCAUCAAAGUAGUCCAAGCCGAGAGCUAUUUGAAGGAACUAGACUGCCUCAAGUUAGGAAAGCCAGUUUCCAAGCAAAGUCACAUACUGCAACUAGACCCGUAUCUAGACGAAGACGGUUUGUUGAGAGUAGGAGGUCGCUUGAGUCGGAGUAGUCUUUCUACUUGUGAGAAAAACCCAAUAAUCAUACCAGGUGAUCAUCACAUUUCUGUCUUACUAAUACGCCAUUAUCACGAGAGCGUGCAACACCAGGGAAGACAUUUCACUGCAGGUGCUGUCAGGAAGGCCGGAUUCUGGAUCACUGGGGGUAGUGGUCGAGUUUCAUCGUUCAUAUUCAAGUGCGUCAAGUGCCGCAAGCUUCGGGGCAAUCUGCAAACACAGAAGAUGGCUGAACUACCUUCCUGCAGACUCAGUGAAGCACCACCACUUACUUACGUAGGUGUAGACACAUUUGGCCCAUGGCAGGUUUCUACCAGACGCACUAAAGGAGGGCAGGCAAGCAGUAAGCGAUGGGCAGUGCUUUUCACUUGUAUGAUUGUUCGUGCGAUUCACAUCGAAGUGGUCGAAGAGCUUUCGUCAUCUGCAUUCAUCAACGCUUUGCGUCGCUUCGUUUCCAUUCGUGGCAAGGUCAAGGAGUUCUACUCCGACAGAGCUCCCACAUGGGCGGUGCCUGGGAGCGCAUGA